AUGAAAUCUCGUCAUCGCGCGCCAUCUCAGCAGCAGCAACAGCUCCCCAAAAUUAGCACCACCACGAAGACGAUGGUGAAGAAGAAGAAGAAGCAGCAGCUGACUCUGCUCCCUCUGAUUUUCAUCAUCUACUUCCAAGUCGCUGGCGGGCCAUACGGCGAGGAACCCGCCGUCCAAGCCGCCGGACCUCUCUACGCCAUCCUCGGUUUCCUCAUCUUCCCGUUCGUGUGGAGCGUGCCGGAGGCCCUCAUCACCGCCGAGCUCUCCACUGCUUACCCAGGCAACGGCGGAUUCGUCAUCUGGGCCCACCGCGCUUUCGGGCUCUUCUGCGGCUCCCUGAUGGGCUGCUUGAAGUUCCUGUCCACCGUAAUCAACGUCGUCGCCUUACUCGUCCUCUGCGUCGAUUACCUCAACAAGGUGAUCCCAGCUCUGGAAUCAGACUGGCCGCGGACCAUUUCGAUAUGGGGCUUGACCUUGUUCCUCUCAUUCCUCAACUACACCGGAUUGGUCAUAGUAGGUUACCUCUCCGUGCUUCUCGGAAUCUUGUCCUUGUCGCCCUUCAUAAUCAUGUCCAUCCUCGCAAUUCCCAAGAUUCAACCUCGUAGAUGGAUCACUACUGGGGACAGUGUUAGCACAAUAGCCGGGGAAGUGGAGAAGCCAGCAGAAACAUUCCCACUGGCGCUACUAAUCACCGUGAUAGUGAACUGCCUGUCCUAUCUGAUCCCUCUCUUGGCGGUGAUUGGAGCCGUCUCAGUGGAACAAUCCGCCUGGGGAUUCGGGUUCCACGCCACGGCUGCAGAGCUCAUAUGCGUUAAGUGGUUGAAGUACUGCCUCGAGAUCGGCUCCGCGCUGUCCACGGUCGGAAUGUUCGAGGCCCAGCUCAGCAGCUCUGUCUACCAGCUGCUCGGCAUGGCCGAUCUCGGGAUCCUGCCCAAGUUUUUUGCCCUCAGGUCCAACCGGUUCAAUACUCCCUGGGUCGGGAUACUGCUGUCGACAGCGAUCAUCCUGGGUUGCUCCUACAUGGACUUUGCCAAUAUUAUCUCGUCGGCGAACCUCCUCUACUCCCUUGGGAUGCUGCUCGAGUUCGCGACGUUCCUCUGGCUCAGGAGGAAGCUCCCCGAGCAGAAGAGGCCCUACAAGGUUCCCAUGCGCCUGCCCGGGCUGAUUGUGAUGUGCUUGAUUCCGUCUGGGUUCUUGGUGAUCAUCUUGGUGGUUGCUACAAAGACUGUUCUUUUGGUGAGUGGGCUCAUGACUCUUGGUGCAAUUGGGGGGUACUUUCUGAUGAAGAUUUGUAAGGUGAAGAAGUUGUGCCUAUUCAGCAGCGAGAGUAGUGCUGUUGAUGAAGAUGAAUGA